UUUUGUUUUAGCAAUUCUUGGCAACAAAAUAAACAAAGAUUAAAACUUUUUAAUAUUUUAUUCAUCUAAUAAAAAACCCCAUUCAUUGUUACAAGUCCAUAAGCAUAUUCCAUCUUUCCAAUAAGAAAAAUAUAUAAAAAAGAGCCUAAAAAGGUGUGCUAUUCACCUGUUGGCGUUUCUUUGCCUUUUCAUCAGUUGAAUAUAUCUCCUUUUUUGAGUGGAUUUCUGAAUAAUUGAAGUAGUGGCAGGAAAAAAUUGUGCAAAAUCUUCAUUUUUUUUCUUAUGGAUCUUGACGAGGGCCGGCCUAAUCUCUUUCCAUUGGAAGCUUUUUCCCCUAGUCGGUAUUUGUACCAUAUGAGUUGUUUAGUUGAUAAUUCACCCUACACUUCUAGAAACUGGUUCAAGCCUGAAAGUGUUUGUCUUCAAGAAACUUAUAGUUGCAUAUCAAAGUUUACUGGCACUGUACUUUUAUGGUCUGCUAACGGGUCACAUUCAAAUGUGUGUCCAAGAAGAUCUGAUUUUUCUAGUGAAACAAGUCAUGCUUCCAGUAUGAAGCAUAAUCACCCAAGAUUUUCCAUUAAGUAUAAAAGAAAAGCACUCGAGAUCCCAAAAUUAUUUAACAAGUUCUCUAGGUUUGCGGUAAAACAACUGCUGGGAAAGGCUAAAGAUUUACAAUUCAUUUCGGCAAUAUCAUUAGCUGGUAAUUUAGUACCACCUCUUGACAAUAUGAAAUCGUUUGCUGUAUCACAAGAUAAUCGCAGUGCAGUUGUAGGGAGAAGCAUGAAUCAUAGUGCAUGCGAUGUUGAGCAACAGAUAUGUCGUGAUCUUCAUUAUGGAAGCUCUAAUUGCUCAGCAAGUGAAGUUGAACCAAUAACUUGCAUUCAGUUCCCAACUGUAUCAGACCACCUCUUUGGAGGGGGAAAUUCUAGCUUGAAUAUGGAGGGGCAGUACUUAACAAGUCACCCUUCUAGUACUGAGCAUGAUCACCCAAGAUCUUUUAUUAAAUAUAGAAGAAAAGCACUCGAGAUCCCAGAAUUAUUUAACAAGUUCUCGAGGUUUGCGGUACAACAACUGCUAGGAAUGGCUAAAGAUCUGCAAUUUAUUCCUGCAAUAUCAUUAGCUGGAAAUUUAGUACCACCUCUUCACAAUAUAUCUAGGAAAUCGUUUGCUGUUUCACAAGAAAAUGGCAAUGCAGUUGUAGGGAAAAGCAUGAAUCAUAGUCCAUGUGAUGUAGAGCAACGGAGAUGUGGUGAUCUUCGUCAUGGAACCUCUACUUGCUCAGCAAGUGCAGUUGAACCAAGAACUGGCAUCGAGUUCCCAACAAUAUUGGACAACAUCUUUGGAGGGGGAAAUUCUAGUUUGAAUACAGAGGUUCUUGUUGGAACUGGAUCAAAAACAAUGAACAUAAUUAAAAUAAAAUCAUUAAAGCUCUAUGCUUUUGGUUUUUAUGUUCACCCUUAUGAUGUCUGUAACAAGUUGGGUUCAAAGUACGCGUCUAUUCCAGAGAAUGAAGUGAACACGCAUCAUAACUUCUUUGCUGAUCUUCUCAGGGAGGACAUAAGCAUGACCGUUAGGCUUGUGGUUAGCUGCAAUGGAAUAAAAAUUAAUACCGUUAGAGAUGCUUUUGAGAAAUCACUUCGAGCCCGAUUGAUCAAGAUGAACCCGGACACUGAUUAUGACUGCUUGAGUAAUUUCAGCUCCCUUUUCAAAGAGGAUAUUCCAAUAAAAGCGGGAACAACAAUAAAAAUUCAGAGAACAGCUGAUGGGCAUCUUGUUACUGAGAUUGAAGGCAAUCGGAUAGGUGCAGUUCAUAGCAGGGAUUUGUGCAGGGCUUUUUUUGACAUGUACAUAGGAGAUGGUCCAGUUUCGGAGCAAACGAAAACAGAGAUUGGAGAAAAUGUCGUUGAUAUAAUGAGAAGGUGCUGAUUAUGCAACCUGCUUCUCUUUAUGGCAUUCUAGAUAAAAAGUUGAUUCAGAAUCGAAGUGUAUAGUUGUGGGCAGUGUUUUCAAGCGAGAAGACAAGGGAAUUGAUUAGUUGCAAGAAAGAAAAUGUAAUUCUGACCCUAUAGCGCAUGUAGUUGGAAGUUGGAGUUGUAUCGUAAAAAAAAAGAGAGAGAUGAUAAAAAUUUUCUUAUAGAAACAGCAAGUGGUAGUUGUCUGGUAAUAUAUGUUUGUCUUAUCACC